AUGGAGGGGAUCAGUGUCUUGCUGGGAAGUAAAGUGGUUGUCCGUCAAUUUUAUCUAUCUAUCUAUCUAUCUAUCUAUCUAUCUAUCUAUCUAUCUAUCAUCUAUCUAUCUAUCUAUCUAUCAACCAAUUGUAGGCAGUUCUUCUCUAUGAAUGAAUCUAUCUAUCUAUCUAUCUAUCUAUCUAUCUAUCUAUCUAUCUAUCUUUCUCUCAUCUAUGUACAUAUCUAUCACAGCCUGUUCAAGUCUAUGCUAUCCAUCUUAAUUUGUAUCUAUCUCUCUCUCUCUCUCUCUCUCUCUCUAUCUAUCUAUCUAUCUAUCUAUCUAUCUAUCACAUCUGUUCCUAUCUAUCUAUCUCAGUCUGUUCAUAUCUAUCUAUCUAUCUAUCUAUCUAUCUAUCUAUCUAUCUCAGUCCUUAUCUAUCUAUCUCAGACCUUAUCUAUCUAUCUAUCUAUCUAUCUAUCUAUCUAUCUAUCUAUCUCAGUCUGUUCAUAUCUAUCUAUCUAUCUAUCUAUCUAUCUAUCUAUCUAUCUAUCUAUCUCAGUUUGUUCAUAUCUAUCUAUCUAUCUAUCUAUCUAUCUAUCUAUCUAUCUAUCUAUCUAUCUAUCUCAGUUCUUUUUCUAUCAAUCCAUCUAUCUUUUUCUUAUCUAUCUGUCUGUCUAUGUUUCUAUCUAUCUAUUUAUGUAUCUAUCUGUGCAUCUAAAUAGGUUCAUAUUAAUCUAUCUAAAUGUCAGUGUGUCUUUAUCAAUCUGUUCUUAUCUAUCUAUCUAUCUAUCUAUCUAUCUAUCUAUCUAUCUAUCUCAGACCUUAUCUAUCUAUCUAUCUAUCUAUCUAUCUAUCUAUCUAUCUAUCUAUCUCAGUCCUUAUCUAUCUAUCUAUCUCAGACCUUAUCUAUCUAUCUAUCUAUCUAUCUAUCUAUCUAUCUAUCUAUCUACCUAUCAACCUAUCUAUCUCAGUCUGUUCUUAUCUAUCAUAUUCAGUCCUAUCUAUAUAUCUAUCUCUAUCUUUAUUUCUCUAUCUAUCUCACUAUCUGUCUGUUUAUGUAUCUAUCUAUUUUUAUGGGAUUUAUCAUUUGUAACUGACAACUUCUCAUAUCUGUCGGUCUGUCCAUCUAUCUAUUCACUUUUUAGUGACUGUCAAACUCAGUCUGUCUUCGCAUAUCUAUCUAUCUAUCUAUCUAUCUAUCUAUCUAUCUAUCUAUCUAUCUAUCUAUCUAUCUAUCUGACUCAGCUUGUUCACAUAGUAUAG